UUCUAUUAACAUUAAAACAGUGAAUUUAAGAGGAUGCAUCGGCGAGGAAGGUCAGGGCCAGAGAACUCUUGCACUUUGCUGCUUAAGAAAUGUCUUCACUUUUGGAAUAUGCCUUGCACGUGAGUCAUCUGAGUGCCCAGCUGUCUGGGAAAGUCACCAGGCCUACUGAUUCUAAGUCCAUGAAAGUGAUGAAACUUCAGCAAACAGCCCUUGGCCAAGAGCAAGGAGACUUAUGAUUGGUAUCCAAAUCACAAUACCUAUUUUGGACUCGUGGGGACACUUCAUUUCCUUGGCCUCUACAGAUGAGCAUCAAGAUUUUAAGAAUGUGGGGCCAGCAGGUGGUGUGGUUAAGGCA